ACCCCACCCUCGUCUACUUCCCCAACUUUGCCUCUGUGAUACUAAGUUUAUUACUGACCCCAGCAGAGACACAGUAAAGGUUCCACGAGGUGCUGACAUCCAGCAUAAGGAGUUGUCAAUCACUUUCUUCCAGCAAGAAAAAAGAAGGAAUAACUUAGAAGGCACUCGGCUCAUCUGGAACCAAAGUGGAAACUGAAGGCCACAACAUGGCGUCCCAGAUCCCAGCGCUCACACAGCCUGACGCCCCGAGGACCGACAGCGUCUUUUCUGUCCUAUCUGGCUUUUACUCUCUGGAGUCCAAUGUUCCUGGACUCUCUAAGGUGAUUCUCAACAAGCUCAACAUGAAUGACUACGGAGAAUACAGGGCUACCGUUGAGGGAAAGGCUAAAGGGAUCGCGUUCCGCAACUACAAGGAGAUGUUCAAGAAGAUGGAGGAGACCUUUCAGUUCUGCACCAGCUGCAACAAACUCCCCGAGCACCUCGCCGAGGGACAGACCCUGAAGCGCUGCGUCAAGUGCUUGAAUGUGUACUACUGCACCAAAGACUGUCAGAAAAAGGACUGGCCUCAGCACAAAAAGGUCUGCAAGAUACUGCGCCUGGUGGCCAUCGACAGACUAGUGGAGUGGCUGAUGUUCACUGGAGACCUCCCGUUCCCCACGGAGAAGUGGUCCAAGUCAGCCGCUGAGGUGAGGAACUGGGACGACUGGCUUCCCAUGCAGGGGGACCUCACGUCACGUCUGGACGCCAUCUCGUCUGGCACCAGCAUGGCGACCCUUUGGAAGAACGCAAGCAGGCCGAGGCCGGACGACUCUGACCUGCGAGAGUCCUUAUGGCGGAUUCAGAGCGAGUUCCUCUCUCGAGUUCUCACAGUUGGGAUGGCCGUGCGAAGCUUCCGCCUCGACCCGUACGCUAAACCGCUCACUAUUCACAUAGCGGGGGCAUCUCACAAUGAAUCCAUGGGAGCCAGACUGACAGACUAUGACGAGCUGAGCAACAUGUUCCCUGGACACCAGGGCAUAGAGGUAGUCAUGGUGGGACCAGAGGUGGUGGACGGCCCCAUCGUGAGGCCUCCACUCAGGGCGUUUGGCCCCAGGCAGAAGGUCUUCAUCAGCGCCUAUAAAGCCCUCUAUCACCAGUUCUGGGAAGAUGUGGUGGAAAAAGAGGAAGCAGCCAAGCCAGAUUUGGUGGUUGGAUUUCAUCCUGGGUUCCAUGCUAACCAGGGUCACCUUGAAGGUUGGCUGCCCACCCUUCUGCUACUCAGAGAUUUUGACAUCCCAACCUUCUACACCAUGUACAGCGAGAUGGAGCUCAAGUCAUCACUCCAGAUCCUAUUGGAGUUGGAGAUGGGCAUCAGGGACAGCGGAGCCAAUCCAUUCACCUCACAGAAACCAGAGCAGGUCCAAUCUUGCCCCAACAAAACCCAAGUGUACUGCAACUCUCACUACGUCCGUUUCCAGGGACUGCGGCCUCAAGAAGACUUAGAGGAGCCCGGGAUAGACAAUUAAGAGCCUCAAGUCCUCCCCUUUUAAAGACAUUUCUCACAGAAACGACGCAGAAUAUGAGGCAUGAAAGUGAGAAAAACGCACCUUCGCUUCACUUAACACACUGAAAUAAUGAAUUAAUGAGACAGAUUACAGAAAUCACUCAAAGCUCAUUAUGUAGUGUGAUGGCACCCGAGGGCAGCAGCGGGGUACAAAGGUUUGCGCUCUGUUGGGGCCCCGGGGUAGCAUGGUAGCGUGAUAUAAAGGGUCAUGGGUGUGCAUAUGUAAUGAGACCAAAAUGAGUUCAGACGUCAUCUGACGGUUCCCCGUAAUUCGUUCUGCGGCUGGACAAAUUCCCAAAUCUCACAAUAGCUGCAUGAAAUCAGAUCAUAUGCAUACUAAUGUAACUCGUGAUCUAAAAUUACACCUAACUGAAUUAUACAGAGAUGAAUUUGGUUUAUUUUUGUGAUUCUGUUCGUAGCUGGACUCUGAAUGGUGAGUGUGUGUACAGACAAUAUAAUAGUUGUUAUGUGCUGUGUGGAGAUUCUCCAUAGGCCUUUUCCCUGUCUCUUUACAAUAAAAAAAAGGCCAAAAAGCCAAGCAGCAUUUGUUUGACAGCUGUUUUCAGUUUUAUUCAGGGUUGAUAACAGUAACACCGUACAAUACAACGCAAUCUAAAAAACAGCAGGAGACACAGGCUUAGAAAUUACCACGAGAUAAGAUUGCCUGAUUGUCUGACACAGUCUCAAAAAAAAAAAAAAAAAA